GUGAACAAAGUAAACAGUCAAAACCAACCAAUAUGUAUUGGGGGAGUCACAGUGCGCUCGGCGGCCCGCUCGCGAGCUCAAGGCGCACAUUGUUGCCAUAACCACCUUGUGCCCGCCCUUAACUCGCUCAUUCGUGUUCUUCAUACCAAGCGUAAUAUAUAUUUUACCAUUUAGCAUCAACACCCUAGCAUACUACCGAUAAACACCUCGCGUCCGUCAUUUGAACACCUCGCGUCCGUCCUUUUCUCCAAAGCUUGAUGAUGUAGCUAAAGCUAGAUGAUUUAACUAUAUAUUGCAUCAAAGUUUGGGCUGUUGCGUUGCGCCAGUGCCUACCGGUAUUGUGGCCAUGGCCAUGAAGUUACCGGCCCGCAAGAAAAAGAAUCAGCAGAAGAGCCAAGUCGCGAAACGGCGAAAGGCUGCUGGACCUGAAGACCGCCUGGAUGCGGAGGGGAACUUAUCCCAUGACGAGGAUGACGACGCAGCAGCACCCGCUGGCCCCAAAGUGUGGGGGGAUGAGGAGAUGGCGGAGCUCUUGCAGAACGCGAACGAUGCGCAACGCGAUGCUACCGCGUCAGCGUACUCGACGCAUCUCCGGAAGCUGGAGAAAAUCUGCAAAACGUAUGGCAAGGAUCCAUUCCAGCUGUAUGGCGAGGAGCUGGCCAAAAUGGGCGUGGAGCUCGUCAAGCACCUGCAUCGCAAGCAGUACGCGUCCACCACCGUCGGCAACGCAAGCAGCAUGAUCCGAUGGCUCUGCACGCAAAACCGCAUGCGCAUGAACAUGACGGAGGACAUCAAGAACGCCGGCGACCACGAGUUCUUCCGGGUGGCGGUCAGGGCUGCGAGGAAGGCAGUCAAGGGUUCUGGGCCAAGACGGCAAGGCGAUCCACAUGCCAACACCGUCAAUGACUCGUACACCACCGAGGAGUACGGCAAAAUCGCCCUGCUGCUCGUUGGCGGCUUCCUUGCGGCCAAGCAGCUCUCGCCCUUGUUCCAGGGGCUGCGGUCGGACGCCUUUGCGCUGGCGCAGCCGCAAACAGCGGGGGCAGCGGCGGCAGCGGCGGCAGCAGCAGGGCUGCAUGAGCACCAGCCGCAGCUCUCGCCCUUGUUCCAGGGGCUGCGGUCGGACGCCUUUGCGCUGGCGCAGCCGCAAACAGCGGGGGCAGCGGCGGCAGCGGCGGCAGCGGCGGCAGCAGCAGGGCUGCAUGAGCACCAGCCGCAGCUCUCGCCCUUGUUCCAGGGGCUGCGGUCGGACGCCUUUGCGCUGGCGCAGCCGCAAACAGCGGGGGCAGCGGCGGCAGCAGCAGGGCUGCAUGAGCACCAGCCGCAGCUCUCGCCCUUGUUCCAGGGGCUGCGGUCGGACGCCUUUGCGCUGGCGCAGCCGCAAACAGCGGGGGCAGCGGCGGCAGCGGCGGCAGCAGCAGGGCUGCAUGAGCACCAGCCGCAGCUCUCGCCCUUGUUCCAGGGGCUGCGGUCGGACGCCUUUGCGCUGGCGCAGCCGCAAACAGCGGGGGCAGCGGCGGCAGCAGCAGGGCUGCAUGAGCACCAGCCGCAGCUCUCGCCCUUGUUCCAGGGGCUGCGGUCGGACGCCUUUGCGCUGGCGCAGCCGCAAACAGCGGGGGCAGCGGCGGCAGCGGCGGCAGCAGCAGGGCUGCAUGAGCACCAGCCGCAGCUCUCGCCCUUGUUCCAGGGGCUGCGGUCGGACGCCUUUGCGCUGGCGCAGCCGCAAACAGCGGGGGCAGCGGCGGCAGCGGCGGCAGCAGCAGGGCUGCAUGAGCACCAGCCGCAGCUCUCGCCCUUGUUCCAGGGGCUGCGGUCGGACGCCUUUGCGCUGGCGCAGCCGCAGACGGCCGCAGCAGGGUACCAGUCCCCGGCGAGCAAGCAGCGGGCGGCGGUAGCGGCGAUUACAGCAGAGAUGGCUGCUGUUUGUGGCCAGCACCCUAGCCUCGCUGCGGCACCGGUGUCCACCAAGAUACCAGCCUUACAAGACACAGCCUCACAAGACACAGCCUCGACCAAGGGGGCUCGGAAGGGCGGGAACCAGGGGCCGUCUCUUGCUGUCUGGCCGGCCAUAGAGGGGCUACAUCUGGUGCCAGGGCAAAAGCCGUGGACCAAUGAGCCGGCGACGCUGGAUGACCUCUUCGACCUCUUCUGCAGUGGUGUCAAGAUUGGGGACAAGACCAUAGUUCCCCCGUGGUUGACGCUAUACAGCAUUCACGGCGACAAGUGGUACCCGGCAAACGACAAGAGCCUUCGCAAGCGGAUCGGCGAGCUCAAGCACCUGUACGACGUCUGUAUCGUGGAGACUUCCAAGCUGCGGUCAUGCACCCCUAAGGAGGCUGCGGCGUUCUGGACGAAGAAACAACGGGAGCACGCGGCGCUCACUGCCUCUCGUAAGCUGCAGGCCCUGAAGGUGUACUGGGAGAACAUUGUCAACCCGCUACGGAAGGACAGGUCGCAGUUCGAGGCGUACGUGGCGAAGCAGCGGCCGCCAGACUUCAUAUCGCCAACCAAGGGCGCCUUGGAACGGAGAAGGAUCAUGGGAACCGCGGCGGCAACGGACACAGCAGCACCGUCGUCAUUGGAGGGAGCAAAUGCUGCCAUGGAGGCAGGCACAAGCGGGGAGCAGGGCGACGUGCCGCCUGCUGCAGCAGUGCUGGCAGUGGAGGGGCCGCUCGCGUCUACGAGGCUGAAAAAGGCACCGCACUCUGGUAUGCAAAUGUUCGUCGGCCACAUCAUGAGGACGGCGCGUGUAACGCUUAGUGAGGCAGCGGUGCGGUGGAACGGCUUGCAGGGCGCGGAGCAGGACGAGUGGAAUCAGAAGUGCAAAGCCGCAAAGCAGGCGUUCCUGAACGCUGCGGCCAAGGAAGCACUGUAGCAGGGGGGAG